CUGGACAAAUGUAGUCAUUUGCAAGAACAGCUGUAGUACGUACUGCCGCGAAACGUGAAAUAGUAACAGUGUCGAAUGUUGUUUAUGUUUAAAAUGGGAAAAGAACCGAUAUUAACAAAUGGUACUUAAGAGUUUGUGCGAUUUCUUCGAACUUAAAUAUAAAAUUAUUAAUUUCGUCAGUAAAUAAUGUUAAAGAAAUGAGGAUAAUACUAAAGAUAGUACGGAAUGAAAGGCUAAAAUUGUAAAAAUAACAAGUACCAAGUCAAACAUGAUGAAAAGUGAUGAAAAUGUGGAUGAGCUUUUGAAUACCAUAUUCUUGGGUGAGGUGCGCUCAGUUCAUAACUAUGGAGCUUUUGUUACUAUACCAGGGCGUCGUGACAAUGGGCUAAUACAUCGUAGCCAAAUUUCCAAAAGUGCAGUAGAUGACGCAAAUGAUGUGUUACAGCGUGGAGAAAGAGUUUGGUGCAAAGUUAUCGGUGUAACGGAUGAAAAGAAAAUUUCCUUGUCAAUGAAAGUGGUGGAUCAGGGUACUGGAAAGGAUUUAGACCCAAAUGGAGUUCAGAUUCACCAAGACGAACUCAAAAGAAAGUCCUUCGACCCGUCUUCAAGGAGAAAAGUUAUUGAACUUGAAGCAGUGUUAAAGACAACGUGUACAAAAUGUGGUACUUAUGGACAUUUAGCAAAAGAUUGCUUCAAGAGUCCAGAUGGGAAAACCUAUGAGCUUUUGCCAGACGAUGACAAUGAUGAUGAUGUGCCCGGUGUACUUGCUCAGCUAGCUGAAGAGGCACAGAAAACAAAGCAUAGUAAGAAAGCAAAGAAAAUUAAAAAGCACAAGAAAAGUAAAAGUCACCACAAGAAAUCGAAAAAGUCUAAAAAGAAACGAAAAUAUGCAAGUGAUACAUCUGACAGUGAGGAAAAUCAGCAGAAGAUCCAGGAGUUUACAAAUACCUGUCACAAUGCCCUGACUGAACAACUGUAGAGUACUAUCUGCACACUUUUGUUUUGUUCUAUAGUCCUCAGUCAUGAACCAGUGGGCAAAGUGUGGAUGCAUAAGUAAUAAUCAGCCUUUGUAUGUUAAAGUAAUAACAGCGAAGCACCAUUGUUGAACUCCUUGUUCCUAAAUUUUAUAUUUUUGUGAGCUCUAAUUUUUAUAUUUAUUAUUAUAUUCCAUUGUGCCUGUACCUGUCACCUCAUAAGACAACUGGACUCUGUUAAACUAAAUACUUAAGACUCCACCACAUCUGUUUGUUGGUCUUAACCUCUAACACCAAUUGAAAUUGACAUCAUGGAGUGUUUACCUUUGGUUAUGUAGGAGAACUAUAGAAUCAGGAUGGGUAUUUGACCCGCAACUCCUUGCCAAUACACCUGUGCAUCUUAACCAAGCGAUUCCUCUGCUUGGUCAAGAAAAAACUGAAGACUUUACAGAAUGUUCAUAGAAACAAUACUAAUAAAUAUGAACUGACUAAUGAGGGAAAGUCUUUCCUACAAAAUACUGAACAAGAUGAUUUUGAUGCAUAAAAUCUUCCUCAUAU